CGGGCGGGGGGCGGGCGCAGGCGCGGUGCUGUUAUUGUUCCGCGCUGCGGCCCCGCGCCGCUCCCUGCCCGGCCGCUGCCGUCGCCAUGCCGAUCAACAAGCCCGAGAAGCUGGACAAGCCGGAGAGCUGUGAUAAUGUCAAGGUGGUUGUCCGCUGCCGGCCUCUUAACGAGCGGGAGAAGGCGACGGGGUACAAGAUGGCAGUCAACGUGGAUGAGAUGAGGGGCACUAUAACGGUUCACAAAACGGACUCGUCCAACGAGCCUCCCAAGACGUUUACGUUUGACACGGUUUUUGGACCAGAGAGCAAACAGCUGGAUGUCUACAACUUAACUGCAAGGCCCAUUAUCGACUCCGUCCUGGAAGGGUACAAUGGCACUAUUUUUGCAUAUGGGCAGACUGGAACAGGCAAGACUUUUACCAUGGAAGGGGUCAGAGCUGUUCCUGAGCUUAGAGGCAUCAUUCCAAAUUCCUUUGCACAUAUAUUUGGCCACAUUGCCAAAGCAGAGGGGGAUACAAGGUUUUUAGUUCGUGUGUCUUACCUGGAAAUUUACAAUGAAGAAGUGCGGGACCUGCUAGGAAAAGACCAGACCCAGAGGCUGGAGGUUAAAGAGAGACCUGAUGUGGGAGUUUAUAUCAAAGACCUGUCAGCUUAUGUCGUAAACAAUGCAGAUGAUAUGGACAGGAUCAUGACUCUGGGCCACAAGAACCGUUCCGUUGGUGCCACAAACAUGAAUGAGCACAGUUCCCGUUCACACGCCAUCUUCACCAUCACCAUCGAGUGCAGUGAGAAGGGGGUUGAUGGAAACAUGCAUGUGCGCAUGGGCAAGCUGCACCUGGUCGAUCUUGCUGGUUCUGAAAGACAGGCAAAAACUGGAGCAACGGGGCAGCGACUGAAAGAAGCUACAAAGAUCAACCUCUCUCUUUCCACGCUGGGCAAUGUCAUCUCAGCGCUGGUGGAUGGCAAGAGCACUCAUGUGCCCUAUCGUAACUCCAAACUUACACGGCUCCUUCAGGAUUCCCUGGGGGGCAACUCCAAAACCAUGAUGUGUGCAAACAUUGGUCCAGCAGACUACAACUAUGAUGAGACUAUCAGCACUCUCAGGUAUGCAAACCGAGCCAAGAAUAUUAAGAACAAGGCCAGGAUUAACGAAGACCCCAAGGAUGCUUUGCUGCGUCAGUUUCAAAAAGAAAUUGAGGAGCUUAAGAAAAAACUGGAAGAAGGGGAAGAGAUAUCUGGUUCUGAGACGAGUUCUUCUGAAGAAGAGGAUGAAGAUGAUGAUGGGGAGAUCGGAGAGGAUGGGGAGAAACGGAAGAAACGACGGGGCAAAAAGAAAGUUUCCCCUGAUAAGAUGGUAGAGAUGCAAGCAAAGAUUGAAGAGGAGAGAAAAGCUCUCGAAACUAAGCUUGAUAUGGAAGAAGAAGAAAGAAAUAAAGCCAGAGCUGAACUGGAGAAGAGAGAAAAAGACUUGCUUAAAGCUCAACAAGAGCACCAGACCCUGUUGGAGAAACUGUCUGCGUUGGAGAAAAAGGUGAUUGUAGGAGGAGUGGACUUGCUGGCAAAAGCAGAAGAACAAGAGAAGCUUCUGGAAGAAUCAAAUAUGGAGUUGGAAGAACGAAGGAAGAGAGCAGAACAGCUUCGCAAGGAGCUUGAGGAGAAGGAGCAAGAACGCUUGGACAUUGAGGAGAAGUACACCAGCCUCCAGGAAGAAGCACAGGGGAAAACCAAAAAACUGAAGAAAGUUUGGACCAUGCUUAUGGCUGCAAAAUCAGAGAUGGCAGAUCUGCAACAAGAGCAUCAGAGAGAGAUUGAAGGCUUACUAGAGAAUAUUCGGCAGCUGAGCAGGGAACUUCGUCUUCAGAUGCUUAUCAUAGACAACUUCAUUCCUCAGGACUACCAGGAAAUGAUCGAAAACUAUGUUCACUGGAAUGAAGACAUUGGAGAAUGGCAGCUGAAAUGUGUUGCAUAUACCGGAAACAAUAUGAGGAAACAGACUCCUGUCCUGGACAAAAAAGAAAAAGAUCCCUUUGAGGUGGACCUUUCCCACGUUUACUUAGCUUACACAGAAGAAAGCUUGAGGCAAUCUCUCAUGAAACUGGAGAGGCCAAGGACUUCAAAAGGAAGAUCUAGGCCCAAGACUGGUAGAAGAAAACGUUCUGCAAAGCCAGGAGCUGUCAUUGACUCCCUGCUGCAGUAGGUGUGACGUGUUCAGAAUUGCCGUAAAAAUCAGUGAGUGUAUAAGGUUUGGCCAGAAUAUGCAAUUCAAGAUGGCACAGUUCGAAGUGGCUAUAAAAUCCAUACCUUGCUGGUAUGGAGCUUUAUUUAAAAUAUAUAUAAAUGUAUUUUUCCGUAGUUGCCUGUAUACUGUAUGUUAUAUUAACAUAAUAUUAAACUGGUAUAUAUUACGGUUGUGAAAUUGUGUUAAACAAUGUGUUGUGCAGGGAAACUAUUGCUGGUAAUCCUUGUUGAAAUGUAUAGAAAAUAAGGGUUCUAGAUGUUUUUAAGUGCUAGAUGACAUAUUAGCUCAAAAUGGUUGAUAGAAUCCUAAAAUUUAAUGCUGGUAAAUCUGAUUGUCCUGCUUUGCACAUAACUGGCAGCUUUCACUGUUGUCCUCUGUUGCACUGAUCUGUUUGAAUGUGGUUGCUGCAAACCUUUGAGUUAAGAGCAUUAAACCCUUUUAUUUAAAUAUUCCUCACUGUAUCUAUUAACCCGAUCAUACUGUGUAUGAAAUACACAGCCCUCUCCGUUUGCAACCUUGCUGUACAAAGAAAGGUAAUUGGGUUGGGGGAGUCUUGAAUUAGACAAGUUUGGGACUUGUGGGAAGGGACCAUGCUCUGUUUAAGUGCAACAGAAAACAAGUAUUUCUGAGUAGUGCUUUUAGUUUUGUGUGUGUGAUCUGCUGGCACUGUGGAGAGUGAGGCCUUUGUAAAGUCAAGACAACUUUUUUCCUCCUCCUUUUAAGUCUGUGUUGCAGCAUUGCUUUGGCUGCUUCUGCUUCUGAGCUGGAAGUUUUUAAUUGAUGUGAAUUCUUUGUAGCAAUCUGGACAGCACAGAUUAUUCAAGGGAACUGCUUUAGUACAGCAGGACUGUGAGCACUAUGGUUCCAUUUUUCUCAUCCCUGGCCAUAACUAGGGAUGAAUUACUCUCCUUUAUUAGAGUAGGCACAAAUUGCUCAAUUUUCCCACUACGGUAACAUCCCCUGAAACAGCUGAUGCUGUUUGUGUGGACUGUAUCAUCUCCUGUUUCUGGCUGUGUUUUGAGGGGAAAAACAAGGUCUCUGCUGCUAACCAUUUCUGGUGGCUGCUCUUUGAUAUUUAUGCUGCUAAUAGACACAUAACACUUUAAUACAUUACUCUUGUGUCACGGAAAAAGACGCAUCUCCUUUGAAUUGUGUGUGCUAUAUAACUCAUGCCAGAGCAUAGCAGUUGUAGGAAUCUCAACAGUUCCAUGUCAGUGUGGUGUUAAUUAGCUGUAACUUCCAUGUAAUUGUAGUGUUACCUAGAGUUUAAAAAGUUGUGCUUACUAAUGUGAAAAAAUGGGUCCCUAAGCAUGACACGAAGAGCAAGACAGCUCCUCGGGUGUCCUGAGUUCUUGACAGAAGCCAUGUUUGCUACUAUCACAGCACUCUUGUGAAGUAUUUGCAGUAGCUAGAAGUCGAUAACCCCUUCUUGUUGUCGUGAUGCUUAACUGGAUGUACCCUGUGAAUCUGUAACAGCUCUGUAUGUAGCAGGAUCUGUAACAGCUAAACUGGUCUUGCAAGGCCAUGCUUUGCUCUGGAGAUGCAUUAACUCUAUUCUAAAUGAGUUCUAAGCUUUUCCCUGUUUUUUCAAUGUGGUUUUUUUCAGGAUCAUGACCUAGGAGGAGAACAUACUGCCCUCCUUUUGGGGGGGGAGGGGGGGCGGGAGAGGUGGAAGGGAAGGAGAUGAAAAGAUCCGUUUUUGUCACCUAAAUUCAUACAAGAUGCAGAUAUAAACAUUGGCAUUUUUUUUCCAUUCUAGCAUUUGAAUAAAUGUUAAGUCUCAGAUUUUUUUCUGAUCUAAACUAGUUGGAUUUUUCUCUGAAGAGCUGACCUUAUUUUGAAUGUGCUUAAAUUAAAUUAGGAUAUCUUGUUACAUACUUCUCAUCAGCAGGACUGAAAAUGGCUCAAAUGCUUUUUUUGUCUGUUUCUUGGCUCUGUUCUUGCUUCCUGGGCCAAGCAGGCAGAUGCAUAAUUUUGGCCUGUUCUCAGAACCAGGGCAAACUUUUGUAUUUCCCUUUUUAUUGUCUUGUUGUGCUUAGUUUUGUUGAAUGAUCUGUUUUUAAGGGUGUUUCUCCUGAAUUGUACCUUCAAAAAGAUCAUUGAAAAUUCUUUGGGAGACUAUCAGUGGUUCAAAUAUGCUACUGUGAGCCAUGACACUGCAUUUACACACAUUGUUUGAAUUCCCGUUACAAUCCUGCUGCUGAAAACAACUGUACUCUAUAUAUUUGAGAACCUCGGGACAGAGAAACUUCAAAUAAUUGCACACCUUUGUAAAUUGGAGAAUUGAUUGGGAUUUCCUGUUACGGGAGCUUGUUUUAAGAACAAAUCUGUUCUUACAAGAGGACUUUUUUUAAAGUGGAGCUGUCUUGAUGAUGAUCUGUCGGCUUGGCUUACCUGAUAGGUAAGGUGUAUGUUGUUGAAGUUCUGGGAACUUCCUUUCAAAACAGAGCCUGGCUUGCAGAUUUGUCCUGCUGGCCCUCUCUGUAGCCCAGGACAACCCGUGAACGUCAGAUGUGCCCGUAACAUGUUUUGAAGAGGAAUGGGCUGGGUUUCUGUGGCUUUUUAAUCCACACAAAUAGUCAAUAGAGCCGUUUUCAUCCCAGGUCAGUGUGUGUUCUAUAGAAUUUCUCAGUCAUGUUACCAUUAAACGUGUGCGCUCAUUUUUUGCAUCUCGCUACCAGAAGAUUCCCCUCGUUCUCAAAUAUCAACCUUAACAUUGAGUUUUCUUGGCUUUGUGUUUACUGUCAUAUAAAUGAAUUUUCAUGUUUCUUUUGUUCCUGAACCUUUCUUCAGGUUCAAGGGAGGAGAAAAUGGUCCUUAGUGCCUUUCAGAAACUUACUGUCUGCAUACAUCCAGCUUUCACCUUUCUCAACAGUUUUGUUUAGCCAGUUCUGUAUAUAGGAAAAACUGCUUGUCUAACUUGUCUAUCUAUUUAUUGGUUUUCUAACUGUUUAUUUUUAUUAUCUUUGUGUUUUAUGAUUAAAUUUUAUUCAAUACACUGUACAUAUCAGUAUUGUGUCCCUGGAGCAUGUUCAUACCAUGAAAUAAAAUUGUUGAUUCUA